UUGCAGGAAGCAGCGCCCGAGACGUUGCCAUUGGUGGACGCAGAAGGGGGCGUGCGGCUCGUUCAGAAUGUUCAGUCCCGGACGAGACCAUUAAUCUGGGCGGGGGAGGGAGUUGCCGCCUGGCUGAGCUUUUGCGAUGGCCCAAACUCCGCGGCUCAUCCUGUUGUUCAGCGGGAAGAGAAAAUCCGGGAAAGACUUCCUGGCCGAGGAAAUCCAGAGCCGGCUCGGUCCAGAUGUUUGUGCCAUCUUACGGUUGUCGGGGCCCCUUAAAGAGAAGUAUGCAAAGGAACACAGCCUGGAUUUCGAGCGCCUCUUGGAUGCCAGUAAUUACAAGGAGAAGUACCGGCAGGACAUGAUCUGCUGGGGCGAGGAGAGGCGCCGGAACGAUCCUGGUUUCUUCUGCCGCAUCGUGGUAGAGGGUGUCGUGCAGCCUAUCUGGGUAGUGAGUGACACACGGCGUCUUUCAGAUGUGGAAUGGUUCCGAGACGUGUAUGGCGACUUGGUGAAGGUCGUGCGUGUCAUAGCCACAGAGGAGACCCGGAAGAGACGAGACUGGGUGUUCAUAGCAGGGAUUGAUGACGCUGAGUCGGAAUGUGGCCUGGACCAAGGUGUGGCCUUCGACUGGAUCCUGACCAAUGACGGGGAUCAGCUGUCUUUGGAAGCUCAGCUGGAGUGCCUGCUCCAAUUCAUCCAAAGCACCCUCCAGCCGAACAUCUAGAACGUCGCUUUCCCUCCCUCCAUCUUUUGGUACUGGAGCUCGGCUGCAGCAUCAGAGAGAAUAAGAACCUGGAGUGCGGUGGGAGCGCCCACAGUGGGCAUCCAUUCCUGGACUGGGGGGAUCCGCUUCCCUGUUUUGCAAGUCCAUUCCGAAGCAUGCCAGAAUCCGGUGCCAGUUCUUCCUGCAACCCAUUCCAAACAGGGUGUGGGCCCACCCUGGCUUCCUACUUUCUUGCAAACCGUUUUUUUGGAGGGGCGAUUUUUCAGGCACUGGGUCCAGUUUGGGGGAACGGUAUUGGUUCUGUGUCACGGUUUAAAGGUUUGCCAUUUUGGGGCACCAGGGGGCGAGAUGCUCUCAGUUUAAAGUUCCCUGUUUACUCAUCGUUAACCUUCUUUCGUAAUUCAGUCUUUAGCUUAGCUUGCUGCAAAACUUGUUUUCUUGGGCUCAUCUUGCCUGAGGGGUGGGGAAUGCACACCGUUUUUGGAGGGGUUAUCUUAGGUCUCCCAUGUCACUUCCAGAGUUAAUCUGUUUUUCCCCUAAGCAGGAAUGCUCAAAUGCAACUUGUGUUUUUAAUCCCCACCCACCCUUUUCUCCAGGUGGGAAAAAUCACUGUGCCUUAUUGUAGAGAGUUCACCAGCCUGCACUCUUCGCUCGGCUGACACGAAACCCUCGCAGAAUCCUUCUUUCCGGCCAGAGUUUGCCAACUCCUCUGCUCCCCAAAACAGCUGUGUGAUGACAAAACGCUGAACAGCCACCAAGAACAGGGUGUGUGUUUCAGAGCUACACCUGUUGAGUUUCUCCCCAUUAAAGCACCUCUAGAAAAGGCUCUUGAGCAAUACAUUUGGCAAUUUGCAAAUGGCACAGGCGCACCAGUCAGGAAAGGAGUUGGCAACCUAUUAAAAAAAAAGUUUUGCUCACCAAGACAUUCUGGGGCUGGACUUGGCUUUGGUGAAUAAAGGGGCAGCCGAAUUCUGGGGGAGACCUUUGGCAUUAGAGGAUAACAUUAGGAGCAGGGUAGGAGGUGGUAAUUCCUUGCCACGGGGUGGCUGAACCUUAUUCAGUAUCUUGGAUCUAGGAAAGGAAAGCCAGAUCUCCGUCCGUGAUGCCGUCUCUUCCCUCUGCCUUGCCCCCUACGACUGCCUAACUUCUGGCUAACGCCUCCUGAUGCUGACCUGAACACUCAUCUCGGGAGAUUGUUCUGUUGACAAUAAAGCUUUGGAUUAGUUUA